AUGGCACAGCCGUUGUACGGUUAUGGCCAUGGGCCGGGUGUUCUACCAUCAGAACCAAACGCGCUUGUUGGAGGCAGCACGUCAGACGCGGGCGCAAAUCACGCCGACGCGACUCAGCACUCGUUCGACCACAAUAAACAGGCAAUCCCGGGUCUCGGGUUAGGCUUUUUUGGAAAAGCAGAAAGCCCAACAACGAAGCAGAUCGGCACGUAUACCAAAAAGAAGUCGAACCGAGCAAAUGCAACCAUCGAAGACUCGGCAGAAGAAGGAGAAAUAACUGCUGAUGAAUUCGAGGAUCUGUAUGAGUCGCAAGAGCCGGUACAUGUAGUUCAGCAGGAACAACCAACAACCGAAAUCGAUAAUAGCUACGUUGAGAUGAGCGACGAAGAGCGUGAUCGCUCCGGCUCGUACUCGCCUUUUCUUUCAGCUGGUGAGAUGGGUUUAUCUUCAUCCGGGCCUAUGCUUCUACCCACCGGCAAUUCAGAGACAGUCAUCACUCCUGGUACGACGGGGGUGCAACCGAAACCUACCGAUAUUAUGGAAGUCAGGAACAAAGCAAAAGACGCUAUUAUACGGUUACGAGCGGCCAAUAUUGGUUACCAGGAUUAUGUCAAUGAAGGCAUUGACAAGUCUGUCCUCGAUCAGCUCUUCAGUGACUUGGGGCUCGGGACGUCGUCGCCGAAGCCAGCGACUGCGGCCCCGACUGCGGUCCUCGCGCCUUCCAAGAUCGACUGCACUGAUUCAAAGACUGAAAAGACUGAGAGGACAACUGUAACGGCAGACGCUUCGAUCGAUAAAUCGGAGUCACGCAAAGACCGCAUCGCACGACUUCUUGCUGCAAAAGGAUCGAAAGCUGCAAAAUCUGGCGGAGCAACCGUCAUUGGCAAAGUAGCCAAACCCCCAAAUAUGAAAGUAAACUCGGAAAAGUCCAAACUCUUACAGCAGAAGAUGGAGGCACUACUCAAGGCGCGCGAACAGAAGCAAAAGGAGCUCGAAAAACAGGCAGCGAUAGCAGCCUCGGAACUUGCGUCUAACCAAAAGAGACUCUCCAGCCCUGAUCAUGGAGCAUCUCCAGCGGAGUUGUCUUCAGCUUUGCAGGCGGUGGUGGCAAGUGAAGAAGCUACCAAAAUCUCAACAUCUGAGGCUGUUCGACCGAUUCCUUCCCCCACGAAAGCACUAGCCACGUCAAAUAGUGGAAGCGGUAGUGCUUCCGAGGGCCCUUUCCAAAAGCCGUUCGCACAAACUCGACCGUUCCUCAUUGACGUUAGCGAUGACGAUGACGACAUUGAUAUGGAGAUGGGAUCUCCUGAGCAGCGUAUGUCUUCCUUGCAUGGACCUACCAACCCCGGUAAAAGGCUGCUACAUGUCCCUUCGCUUCAAAGCCCCUCAUCAUUCAGCACGCCGCCGGCAACCCCGCAGGACUUGCUGAACAAGAAGAUCGAGGCAAUGAAGCGGAAAAUUGCACAGGCGGAGGCAAAGAAAAGACUCGAGUUGUCUUCGCCAGCUUCCCCAGCAGCCUCGCCGCGACCGAGGGCAUACGAUAUCUAUGAAGCCAAAUCGAGCUCUCCAGAUGCUUCUGCUUCUAUGAAACACGAUACUGCCUCUCAUCGACUACCCAAGAUAGAAGAGAGAAGACUGGCAUCACCUGGGUCGCCGAAAAUUAAUCGAUCUCGUGCCGCGAGCGAGCGACUUCCAAUGCUGGAAUCGCGCCGAAAAGAACAGAUGCUGAGGUUGAAGGCUCUCCAGUCGCAAGUGGCAAAUAUCGAGCGAGAACUCAAAGAAGGUCUCGAGGAAGAGCAGAAGCUGCGGGAAGACCUGGACUACAUCUCCGACGACGACGUUCCCGUUACCUCGACUCUUGAACCGGUUGCUCCUCGGACAGCCUCAGCUCGUGAUCAUACUGAGUCUAUUGCAAAUACUGACAGGUCCCGGCAAAGUUUGGCGAAUCCUGUUGACAUGCUGAGCUCUGAUCACAUUGCGACAGAUUCGAGUUCUCGGUCAAGUCCCGAGUUGGUUGGCGAUGACACAGCUGCCUCUGCACUAUCAGACGGACAAGGCAUGCAGUAUGAGGCUCUAAAAGACUCGCAUGAUGCAGCCGCUGAAGUAGCAAUCGCAUCUACCAACGACGAGGAUAUUGCUAUGGAAGAGGCAGCUGGCAGUGGAGAGGAAGCUGAUGAAGACUCUGACGGCUACGAGCCGGCUGAUGCAAGCCCGUUUGAAACAGGACAUUUUUCGCCCAAUCAGCAAACGUCUGAUGCUGCACUCGAGCUUACUGACAGCGAUCCAGCUGUAGCCGCUCUCAGUGCCGAGCUACUAUCUGCAGGCCGACAAGAUUCUGCUCCAACGGAGCAAGAGAGAGAAGUACGAGAGCGCGCGCCCGAGACGGCGGGGAGUACCUCCGUGCAGUCAAGCUAUCUAGCAUACGAUUCUCCGUUACGGUACUUUCGCUCGUACCGGUUCCACCCUGAUUUCAGCAAAGUUGUUGCCGGCGGACUACGAUCUGCCACUUACAGCAAUAAGAUCGACCCCAAGCUGCCGCUUUGCCCAGACGAACUGGCAGGCAAUGUGUGCCCUCGGGGGAAAAACUGCCAUUUCCAGCACUUUGCGGAAAUGAGUGCGCCCGAUGACCAAAUCCUGCUGCAGCUGGGUGCGUAUACGGAUUGCGAAGAACCGAGAAGGCAAGAGUACAUCGAAGGGCUCCGUCAACUGCUUACCGACUACCGGAACCGCAAAGUGAAAGAUUUCAAGACAAUCAGUCAAGGAAUCAUAGAGUAUCGAGCCAAGUUCCACGGCGAUGCCAGUAAGGUCCUCCCCCUGGGCACAGUUGUGCUCUGA